AUGAUCACCGACCGCACAGAAAGUGAACCCCAACCAGGGCCAUCCAAUGCGAACGCGUUGCCACAACCGGUAGCAUCAUUGCAACCAAGGGCGACAGCCAAUCCAUGGAAUUUCCUGAUGCUGAAUGCCAUACGUACGUACACGAUAGCAAACGGCAUCCCGAACUCCAACGAAGUACCACGCGACAAACUCAUCAUCGCACUUCAGGCCAGAGGCGCAACACCUCUCAACAUCAUCCUAAGCUCACCACCAGACUAUCAGACGGGACCGGGGUCCACAGAGCUGUUAGCGCAAUUGCUCCUGCGCAGACACGUCGACUACCCGCAUCAAUCACCAAACAAAAGUAUCGAAAUGUACCUGAGACGUCUGGAGACCGCCUUCAAACAUGAUGGCACACCGAACUUCACCAAAGUUGACUGCCUCAUCGGGCACUCCCAACCGAAGGUAGCAGAGGCAACACAACUGCUCUACGACCAAGGAUUUGAGGACUACGACGUGAUCGCGGAAAAGCUAAAAGCCAGGUUUGGUCUAUCACCAUUUGAACAUUUUACCAGGUUUCAGCAGUUCCGCCCAGCACCUGACGAACUCUUCUCGCAGUUCAGUCCACGCUUACGCGACAAAUACCUCAGAUACAUCCCCCUACCAGCCAACGAGGUCGGGCAACAUGAAACCGCGAUCAUGCGGGCCCUCAUCGGACAACUCCUGUCCAUCACCACCGGCGGGCUCCAUGCCCAACUCCAUGCACGGGCGACAGCCGAUCGUUCCCUCACAUGGGAUGAGUGCCUGGUAAUCGCCAACAAAUACAGGCGUACACUCCCGGCAACACCAAAGCGGGCCGCGACACCGGCGCCGCAGUCACCCGCCAGCCGCCCGCCCAAAACGACGGCAUCUGGCGUCACCAAAUACUACUGCAAGAAUCAUCAGCGGGGCACCCGCUACAAAGCUGCUCUUAUCACCUGGGGCGUAUGGUUGCACAUUCAACCGAGGAAUGCCGGAACAACCCGGCCAACCAGGACAUACCGCAGCAACAUGUCCGGGAAACGGGAAGAUCGGGGAGUGACGGCUGUCCUCUGCUCAAUCCCCACGCCUACCGACGACAGCCUGACCAUCAUCAUCACCAUCAAAGACAAACGGGUGACCCCCCUGAUCGACACCGGAGCGACAAAAUUGUUCAUGGCGAUGGACGUCGCCGAGGAAGUUGGCCUGUCUCCACACCCGACCAAAGCGAGGAUAUCCGUGGCGGUACUUCACGUCUCCACGACCGUCAGUCACGCAGUGAGUACUGUUUUUACUCUUGGAUCGGCCGCGUAUGAAGCCACCUUCUUGCUACUCUCCAACGCGCACUAUCCUGUUAUUCUCGGACUCGACACGCUUAAGAAUCUCCCUUUCUGCGUCACCCUCGACGGCCAGCGAGUCUUUUCCGGUUUCCAGCAAAUUAAACCAAUUAAAGAAGCCCCAAAAGUGCCAAUAGGCGAGGGCAUCAAGUUUGUCCACGGCACGCCCACAGAGCAGCAACAGAUCACGGCUCUCCUACGGCGCUACGCCCCUCACAUCUUCCAGUGGAGCGGUAAACACGGGCUCUUCCCACAGCACGUCGCAUCGCUACUCACCAACGGAGAGGAUCCCAAACCCAGUCGCUGCAUACGGCUCUUGCCCAACAAGCGGCCGGCGUUCCAACAUAUCAUCGACAAUUACACCCGCGCGGGUAUCAUAGAACCAGCCCAAACGGGCACACACCCCUCGGAAGAGCACCUCAAAGCCGUCCAAGCCUUCCCACAACCUGCAACAACACGCCAAAUGCAGCGAUUCCUAGGCCUCGCCACCUACCUACGAGCGCAUGUGCCCACUAAUUUUGCACAGCUCAAGAAAGUCCUACGACUAACAAUUCCGGUGAAACCAGCUACCGCCAUUGUAUGGUCACCAGAAGCAAUCGACGCAUUUGAAGCACUGAAGAAUUUGAUAGCUAACGCCGCUCGGCUUGAACGUUUUGACCCGGCAUGGGAUACCGAGAUUCACUGUGAUGUGUCCGCGUCAGCAAUUGGGGCCAUCCUUGUCCAAAUCGAUCCAGAAGGACAACCCCACAUCAUGGAGCCUGGCGUGCCUCUCACUAUACAAGAUGGCCGGUCGCUGGCGCGCGGGCCGUUGCGCCGGCGUACCCUGAUUGGGUAUGAGAAAGGUGCCAGCGGUGGCGAAAAAAAUCUGGGGGCGGAGGCCACUGAUUGCGGUAGCGCGCUGGGUGCCGGCGCCGUUGUUUGGGGCGAUGCCAACGAUCUGCAUUUGUGA